GCGUGUAAGCUUUCUUGGUUUAUCGACGAGCGUUGGCAUCGGCACGCGCUGGGCUCUUGAAAUAUACGUAAAAGGAAACAGAAUAAAAAACACGGUUCAUUAACCUUAAAAGGAAAAGGAAAGGGAAAUAGAAGAGGCGUCUCAUCUCUGGUGAGUCAUGUUCGUCGUCAGCGUGGCUUUACGAAGCUGCGCACGCCAGCCAACUCGACUCUUGACAUUGGCGACUUCAGUCGCUGCCUGCUGUCGUGGCGAGCCGCGUAUUCUGCUGCGUGUGUCCACACCAGCCACUCUCUUGCGGACGACGUCGAGCGAACUGUUCAUCGAUGGCGCCGCGGGCUCUUUAACCACGUCCCGACGAUUUGGCUCAGGCGUGGCGCAGAAGUCCAGUGCUGGCCGAGGCAGAGGUAGAGAGAGAGGGAGAGAGAGAGGUAACGCAGCCACCCGCAUCACUGCUGCAACGUCGGCAGUCGAUGCGCAGCGUGCCGCGCAUGCGGAGAAGGAUGAUAAAGGAGGAGAACCAUUUCUCCACCGUGCAGGGGAGGAUGACGAUAACGGCGAAGACGAAACGGCGCUUGUCUCUCCCAUGACAAAGCGGAUUGGCCGGGGUGGGUCCAACAGGCGCGGUGGUCUUAUGGGCGAGGACGACAACGCAGAAGAUGAACUGGAGGGUGUGGAGACCCCCACAGAGGAUCCGACGGCGCCGGCGCACGACGAGGACGAUGCCGAGGUGUCCCGCCGUUACCGCCACCACGGCGGCGAAGAUGAGGAGGACGAAACUCGUGUGGACGGUGCGGAGGAGACAGAGAACACCAAGGGUGCGGUGGCGAAUCUGGCGCUGGAGGGGAAGGACGACGAACCGGGGCGGAAGCGCAGCGCAUCAGCAGCUGCACGCAGACGCGCCGGCCAAGGCAACGCAGGCGAAGAUGGAGAUGCAGAGGAGGACGAGGAGGACACGGCGACGUCGUCGACUUCGAACGCCGUCGGCGGGGAAACGACAGCGUUGGACACGUCCCCCCACGAUGAAGAGGUGGCGAACAAGUAUCUGUCCGUCGCCUUCCCCGAUCUCGCAGCGGAGUACACGGCGGCCGGCCCGCAAUCCAACAAGGUGCCGGUAGAAGAGGUGCGCAUCGACUCCGCGGAGGUCGCCGCGUGGCGCUGCCCGGUCUGUGCGAAGACGUGGUCGUGUGGGGUUUUCGUGCGGUGCAUUUUGAAGAACGGCUGCCCGCACUGCGCGGCGGAGCACCGCACCACCAUGUCCACCGUACGCCCAGACCUGCUGCAGCUCUGGGACUACAACCGCAACAAUCCCUUCUUAAAGCCGGAGGAGAUCGCGGCGGACAGCAGGGAGGUGGCAUACUGGACCUGCCCUACGUGCCGGGAGACCUACACGGCGCGGGUGCGGGACCGGGUGCAGGACAAGACGCAGUGCCCGUCGUGUGCGUUGCUGCGUUCCACCUCGGCUGACGCGGCCGGCUCCGCGGCGAGUGCUUUGCAGCUGGAGUGGCACCCGCUCAAGAACGGUGAUCUGCGCAUUGACCAGCUGGCACCGACGGACCGCAAAACGAAGGUGUGGUGGCUCUGUGGGUCGUGUGGACACGAGUGGGAGGCGUCGCUGGGGACGCGGCUGUCGCACUCGCCCCGCAGCCGGGGCAGGAACUGUCCUGCGUGCCAUGGGAAGGCGACGGCGGAGAUCCUUUAA